ACGUCGCGUCCGCUAGGCCCAGGCAGCACAGACCGCCCCCCGUGCCUAACAGAUGCUACACGACCACGGUCCCCUGGCCAGCAGCUUGGCGGCAAUUGGCUGUUGCGCCCUCCAGGGAUCCCCCCUGCUGUCGUUCUUUGUCUCUCGCUUCCCUCCGCAUCUCGAAAAGCUUUUUCUUCUCUUCUCUUCCCGCUUCUCGUGUCGCCUCUUGCAGCUUCUACCUCACGCUCAUUGAACCACAGUAAUUCCAAGAGUAUUCUUCAAUACUCGUUCCGCUCUUUAUCGAGAUCGCCUUGCCUUUGCGCAGCUCUUGCAAUCCUUUCCGCACUCCUCACGAUCUCGCGAUAAUAAUCAACACGUACACAAAACACGCACAACGCGACACGACGUCAAGAUGCUCUUCAAGACCACCGCCUCUGUUGCCCUUCUGGCCUGCGCCGCCCAUGUCGCCGCCGAGCCCAAGCCUUACCGCCUGGCCAUGAUGCCCGUGCUGGGCCAGAGCCUCGCGCGCCGCAGCACCAACGGAUACCAGCCCGAGCUGUCCCAGUGCAACGACGGCAACACCUGCUCCGAGGCCUGCGGUAGCGGCUAUGCCGAGUGCCCUUCCAGCGGCAAGGAGACGCACUGCUACAACCCCGGUGCCAACCAGAACUGCUGCUCUGACGGCUCUGGCAACUCCUGCGACGCGGGCUACUACUGCACCCACGACCACGCCCUCAAGACCUGGUGCUGCCCGGAGAACAUGGACCUCGCUGCUUGCGCCGCUGCUUAUAGUGUAGUCGGUGGCCUCGAGAGCGCCACUCCUACCUCGACCAGCACCUCCAGCACCCCGACCAGCACCAGCACCAGCACGACUCCUGUCACCACCACUGCUGCUCCUACCACGACCAGCACCACGGAGGCUCCCACCACUACCGCUGCCCCUACGACGACCGCUGCUCCCACUACCACGGCGGCUGCUACCACCACCACCGAGGUUGAGGAGACCAGCACUGCUGCCGCCGCCACCAGCGCCGGCUUCACCAGCGCCUGGGCCGGCCACAACAGCACCAUCACCUCUGCUGCCAUUCCCAGCAAGCCUCACCAGAGCAACACGCCUAUCCCCCCUGUUGCCUCCAUCGGCACUGGCGCUCCUCAGCCUCCCCAGCCUUCUUCCACCAUCAGCGGUGCUGCCACCACCAGUGCCAGCGCCCUGCUGCUCCUCGCCGCUGGUGUCAUUGCUCUUCUUGCGAUGAUUCCCCUUCGAUAG